AUGAGAACACAGGACCUGCCACGAGGCAGUUUCACGAGACCAGAAACCAGGGCUCAAAAGCCAGCAACACGCCGAAGCCCAUCCGUGGUCGUCAGAAGCACCCGGGGCGCUGGGCAGAGCCUCGCGCAGGUCGCCGACGGGACGCCGAGGGCCCGAGUGUCUCAAGGCCACGCAAACGCGAAGGUGACUGACACCAGCUCGAGUCCCGAUUUAACUCCAUCGCUGAAUACUUUCAACCCGCCCCUGGGCUCACCCUUCGCCGGCGUGUCACGCUCCGAGGCCGGCCAAACCGCAGGGAGGAGAGCGGAGCCCCGCAAGGACGGGCACGGGCACCCCCACCUCUUCCCGGCGCUCCCCGCUACUCAAGCGCCCCCGGGCGCCACUCCAGCGCGGCCCCUCCCCACAGCCCGGCCACCCCGACCUCGCCCCAGAACGAGUCCGAGGGGCGGGCCUGGUAACGGGGGAGUCUCGCUCCCCGGCUCCCCGUUAUGGAGAGUCCUGCAAGUUGGAGACGGCCGCGGCGAGGAAUACGCGAACACUUCGUCGCAAGGAGAAGUGCAAGUGGCGGAGACAACACUUGCAAUGUUACCUGAAGGCAGCCUUCUCUCAAGACCUCAAGAUCCUGGAGGGCACAGCCAUCGCUUCAGCUGUGCAAACCAGGAGCCAGUGUGCCUGAGGAAGCCACAGCCAAAGAAAACUAGAGGCCAGACGUUACAAUCUCAGGGCAGCCUCCCAGUCUGUUGCAGAGUAGCCACUAAGCACACAAGCUUAGCACAGGCUUAGGAAGUGGAGUCAACUACCUCCACUUCCCUGGUGAAGGUGAAAAGGCUCCUUUCUCCUGACUGAAGGUUUCCACCUCACCUAAGCUUGGCUUUGCAGUCUGGAGGUGUCAUUACAAAACUGGCCUUAGUGUCCCGGUUUUACUGUGGUAAAGGCUACCUCCCAUUUAAUUAUAAAAAUCUCCUGUCUUUUCCCUUAUUUCCUCUAGUGUACAAAAGGCUAAGCCAUUGAAAGUUCAAGAGGCAAGAGACAUGCAUGAGUAAAAGGUUUCUCCUUUUCCCAUUAAAGAAAAGGUUCUGUCUCUUGAAUAGAACAUUAUUAAACUUUCAUCUUUUCAAUAUAUGGAAAUCUCUCUGUAUCUAUUAGAUACUUUAAUUUUAUAUUAAUAGUGCAAUCUUAUUGCAAAAAGUAUCCAAUCAACUAAUGGGGACAAAAGGUCCAGUUUUUUCCUGGGAAAAAUUCCUGUAGCUAAAAGAAGGGGAAGGUUCAUUUAUAGGCAGCAGAAUUGGUUUCAGGCAGAGCUGCAAAAUCAGUAGAGACAGACAAGCCUCCUCUAUUUUCAAUUUGCCGUCAGCCUUUUCUACUGAAUGUUGCCAGUUCCCCAAACCAAACUACCUUACAAAAGUGCUAGGGACUUAAGAUGCUAUUGCCCUCUCGUGUUUGUCCUGGAAAAAAGUGGCAUUUUUGUGCAGAAAUGUCUAUGGAGAAUCUUCCCUGUCCUGUUAUCUUUACACUAUAUUAUGGAUUGGAGAGACAGAUCUUAUCCUGGACGACUUGGAGAAUGUGCAGGCCUACAGACGUAUCUGGAAGGACAUGAAAGUGCAUUCUUUGUCAUUCCACAGCACUUCAAACAUUAUGUAAGAGCACUCAUCCUUGAUGGAGAACAGAAGGUAGCAUUCAUAUAGAAGAAUAAACUUCAAAUUGGUCAUAUAAAACAGUCAGAUUUGCUUCUACAUAUUUAGAACAAGAGAAAAUAUUAAUUUCAAUUUACAAGUAGUCAAAAAGCACCUUGUGAGCCACAUAAUGAAUAGUCCCCUAUUAAACUAACAUAUGUGUUUUCCUUCCUAAAUAAAUUUUCCUCUUAUAUAUAGACAUCUGUCAUGGAGUCAAUUAUCUUGC